AUGGAGAUAGAGAAAAAGAAGAGUAAGUCCACUGGAGGCUUUCAGAGUAUGGGCCUUUCAAAGCAUGUGUUGCAGGGCAUCUUACACAAGGGAUUUAAAGUACCGACACCAAUUCAAAGAAAAGCUAUUCCAGCGAUUAUGACUGGAGUCGAUGUGAUUGCAAUGGCGCGUACAGGUUCGGGUAAGACAGCAGCGUAUUUAGUUCCAAUAAUUGAAAAAUUAGGGUUUCAUAGCGAGGAUGGUGUUCGUUCGAUAGUGAUAUGUCCGACACGUGAAUUGGCGCUACAAACCGUCAAAGUGUUCAAUGAAUUGACGUUUAAAACCAAUUUGCGAGCGUCUCUUAUCAUUGGAGGAAGUAAGUUGUACGAACAAUUUGAAAACCUUGAGAAAAACCCUGACAUUAUAGUAGCAACUCCCGGACGAUUAACUUUCAUUUUGGAAAGUGCGAAUAUCUCAUUACAACGAGUUGACAUCGUAUGCUUUGAUGAAGCUGAUAUGAUGUUUGAGCAAGGGUUCUCCGAACAAAUUUCUGAUAUUGUGAGGUUAUUACCCCUCUCGCGACAAUUUCUGUUGUUCAGUGCUACCAUCCCACAAAGUUUAGGAGUCUUCCUUAAGAAAACUUUAAAACGCCCAGAGAUCAUUCGACUUGAUACGGAAGAUAAACUUUCACCCGACUUGGAAAACAUUUUCUAUCACGUGAAAGAAGUUGAAAAGGACGGCCAUUUGCUGUGGCUUUUGCUUGAGAAAAUACCAAAAGAAGAACAAACUGUCAUCUUUUGUGCGACAAGGCACGAAGUUGAAUAUUUGGGCGCUUUGCUUAAACAGUACAAAGUUAAUUCGUCAAUUCUGUUUGGAAAGGCAGAUCAACAAGACAGAGAAAUCAACUUGAAAAAGUUCAGAAACGAUGAGAACAAAAUAAUGUUUGUAACUGAUGUUGCGGCUCGUGGUGUGGAUAUACCCAAUCUCGACAAUGUUAUUAACUAUGACUUCCCUUCAUCUGCUAAAUUGUAUAUUCACAGAUGUGGUCGUGUUGCUCGUGCAGGGCGGAUUGGUACGUGUUACAAUUUUGUCCAGACAGAGGAGAUGGGAUACCUCAAAGAUCUUGAGGUUUUCGCAAUGGAUAAAGAAGUUCCAAUUGGAAAUGUUCCUCGUGAAUAUGUUGACCCAGUCUUAUCACGCUUGGAUCAGUUACUUGAUGCCAAUUACGACUUGAAUUACUUGAAAAUUGGCGCAACAAAUUCGAUGUCGGCUUAUAGAAAGAGUAAACCCAGUGCAAGUUCUGAAGGUGUAAGAAAGUCGAAGGACAUGAACUUUGAUGGUAUUCACCCAUCAUUUAAUAUGACUGGUGAUGACAAAAAUCGAAUGGAAUGGCUUACUGGGAUCAAGAAUUACCGACCCAAAGCUUCGAUAUUCCAAAUUGAUACAACAAAGGAGACACAGAAACAAGCAGAUGUUGUGAAAAAGCUUGCCAACAACCCAAAAAUAGCAGAGGCCAUUAGGAGGGCAAAAGAGAAAAAGGAACGGAUGGCAGAACUUGAUGCCAUUAAGAAGAAUGAAGAAGAAAAGGAGAAAGCGCCAGGGUAUAUAUCCACAGGGCCAGUCAAACAUUCUAUCUUUGAUAAUUCAAGCGAUAGAAUUGUAUACUCCACUAAGAAUCCAUUAGACUUGGCUAUAGAAAUUGCUGCAGAUGAAGAACAAGACUUGAAACAACAAGCCAGAGAAAAGAUGUGGGAUAGAAAGAAGAAAAAAUUCAUCAUGGCGUCCGGUGGGCUCGAGCACCAUAGAAGAGAAAUGAAGAAGAAGGAAGCGGAGAUGGAACAAGUCAAGGAGAAGUACAAAAUCUGGCGAAAGAAUCAAGACAAAAAGAUUGACAAGGAAAAGGGCGUCAAGCAACUCAGCACGAAGACAAAAGACGAAGUUUUGAAGAAGAAAAUGAUGAAAGACAGACACGAAGAACAGAAGAAAGGGAAGGAGUUGAGACAGAAGAAGGCAGAACAAAGAAUGAGAAAGAAAAAGUGA